AGACGUCGCUGAGAACACUUCUCUGAAUAUUUCCACAGUUUUUUAGAAGCUCCGGGAGGAGAGGGAAAAGUGGUGAACUUACAUAAAACAAUUACUUAUCGCGUGGUGUUAAUGAGUCUUUGAAUUGUUGAACGCGAUUCAGGUUCGUUUUCAUAGUCUACAAACCUAAAAAUCAAGCAUGUCUGCAUCACCCAUCGCUAGGCAGGCUACUCAGAGCCAAAGUAUACCUUUGAAAAAAAUACUGUUCACUGAUCCUAGUCAGUUACCCGCUGAUUACUCGUCCACCCCUGGCGGAACGCUUUUUUCAACCACACCCGGAGGUACCCGCAUAGUUUAUGAACGUGAUUUCUUGAUGAAUUUACAAAAUUCUCCCAUCUCUCGAACACCACCUCAGAAUAUAUCAUCUAUACCAGCGGAAUUACUGAAAAACACACCUUUGAACAGUACAGCACCUGUGAAAACUCAAACUAACAGAGAUACCCCAGUGAUUGAGGAAACUGCGGAACAGUUUGAAAUGGAUAUGUAAAAAGAAUCUGUGAUUGCAAUGUGUUUACAUUGUAUCAGCCAUUUCUGUGAAUAGUAAUAAUCAAUUUAAAUAAGGAAAAUGUAUUAGUAAUGUACCUUUCUGUAUAAAUGCACUAUCGGACACCUUAUAUGUAGGUAUAAGUUUCAAAACAGUGUCAUCUGACAAUAUUAAAUAUAAUUGACACAGUGAUAAUAAUUCAUCCAAUUAGUCGUCAGUGAAGAUAAAUAGAAAUAUUACAAUAAAUGCAUUAUUUUA